AAAUUGUUUCUGGAUCAUGAUACAGUCGAUCCUCUUCUUCUCCAAAACAAUCCAUCGUCUUCCCACUCCGACUCAAACGUCGUUUACCUACCGCCGCCGUGUUCGUUGACAAUCGCCGCCCCUCACCGACAAAUACAAACCAUACUAUUUGAUUUCUUCACACAUAUGUAUAUAUAUCUACUUUUAUAAAACUAUCUGCUUCGAUUCGCUGCCAGUCACUUUAAUUCUGUCUCGGCACCUCUCUGACGAUCAGGUGGCGAUCGUAUCAUUUGCUAAGGCGAAAUUUCGAUUGCCACUGUCCUUUGUGUUCCGUUCUUUUCCCACUAUAAACGGCAUGCAGAACAGUGGCAGUCUUCCCAAGAACAAUUCUUUAAGAUUGACGCCUCAACAGUCACUCCGUCGCCUUAACUUUUGCUCUCAAAUAGCAACUGGUCAGCAGACCUCUCCAGUUGUGUUUCCGGAAAAACGUACCAAGGGAAAGGUUUCAAGGCGAAAUGACGGCAACAUCAGCAGUGAUGAUUCCAAGAAAGCAAAGAGGGAGGAGCACAAGAUUGAUAUUGGAGACGAGCAAUCUGAUUUGCUGGGAUAUGAAGUCAUAUCCGGGAAGCUUGUUUUAGAUAAGAGAAAGACCAUCAAAGCUACUGAUGCACAAAAUUCAACGGAAACUGCACAUCUAGAUACUGUUGAUGCUAAACUAACAAGCAGGGCAUUGGUUUGGGGUUCUCAUGUUUUGAAUCUUGAUGAUGUGAUUUCAGUGUCUUACAACUAUGGUCUGCGACAUUUUAUAGUACAUUCAUACCCUGUAAAAAAGCCCUCAUACAGCCUUUCUUGCUUCUUGAAAUCUGGCAGAAGUAGGAAGGAUUUUUGCUUCUUGGCUUCUACUCCAGAUGAAGCUUUUCAAUGGGUUACUGGGUUUGCAGAUCAACACUGUUUUGUGAAUUGUUCUCCUCAUCCUUUGGUCUCUUCCAAGAAGCAGGAUUCUGAGAUAUUGGCUACUGAUUUUUCUUAUACACAUAUUAAAAGUAAAAGUCCACCUCGGAUGCUCGUCAUCUUAAAUCCACGGUCCGGACGUGGUCGCUCCAGCAAAGUUUUCCAUAAUUUGGUUGAACCAAUAUUUAAGCUUGCAGGGUUUAAGCUGGAGGUAGUCAAGACAACUUCUGCUGGCCAUGCUAGAAAUCUAGCUUACAGUGUUGAUUUUAGCACAUGUCCUGAUGGAAUCAUAUGUGUUGGAGGCGAUGGAAUUGUCAACGAGGUUUUGAAUGGUCUUCUUUGCAGAGACAACCAGAAAGAAGCAAUUUCAAUUCCUAUUGGUAUCAUACCUGCUGGCUCUGACAAUUCUUUAGUCUGGACUGUUCUCGGAGUUAAGGAUCCAGUUUCUGCUGCACUAGCUAUAGUAAAGGGAGGUCUAACUGCUACGGAUGUAUUUGCUGUUGAAUGGAUUCAGACAGGUGUAAUUCAUUUUGGAACGACUGUUUCAUACUUUGGGUUUGUUAGUGAUGUGUUGGAACUUUCUGAUAGAUACCAGAAACGCUUUGGUCCGCUACGUUAUUUUGUUGCUGGUGUCCUCAAGUUCUUAUGCUUACCAAAAUACAGCUAUGAACUGGAAUAUCUUCCAGCAUCCAAAGAAAAAGGUGAUCUAGAAAGAAAAGCCUUGGCUGACAAAGAUGUAGUUGAUAUGUCAGACUUAUACACAGAUGUCAUGAGGAGAUCAAAUACCGAUGGCAUUCCUAGAGCCUCUAGUUUGUCUAGUAUCGACUCUAUAAUGACCCCAGGCCGAUCUGCAGCAGAGAUGGAUACAACCUGUAGUAGCACCGAGCCAUCAGAUUAUGUACGAGCCAUAGAUCCCAAAUCAAAACGCCUUUCAAGUGGACGAACCAAUAUGCCAUCAGAACCAGAAGUCAUCCAUCCUCAGCUACCACUUUCAUCGACUCCAAACUGGCCAAGAACGCGAUCCAAAUCAAGGGCAGAUAAAGGAUGGAGUGGAGUGACUGCAUCACAGGAUCCUACUAGAUCUUCUUGGGGAAACUUAGGAGCAAACGACAAAGAGGAUAUAUCAUCAACGAUGUCUGAUCCGGGUCCGAUUUGGGAUGCAGAACCAAAGUGGGAUACGGAACCUAAUUGGGACAUGGAAAAUCCAAUUCAAUUGCCAGGCCCACCAGAUGAUGUUGGAAGCGGAGAAAGGAACGAAACCGGGGUUAUACUGGAAGAAAAUUGGGUUGUUAAGAAAGGCAAAUUUCUUGGUAUUCUGGUCUGCAACCAUUCGUGUAAAACUGUUCAAAGUUUGAGUUCUCAGGUGGUGGCACCAAAAGCAGAGCAUGAUGAUAACACUUUGGAUUUAUUGUUGGUUCAUGGAAGCGGAAGACUAAGGCUGUUGAGGUUCUUCUUGCUUCUGCAGAUGGGAAGACACCUUUCUCUUCCUUAUGUUGAAUAUGUGAAGGUUAAGUCGGUGAAACUGAAACCAGGAAAAAGCACACACAACGGGUGUGGAAUCGAUGGGGAACUUUUUCGAAUCUCUGGGCAAGUCGUCUCUUCUUUACUUCCAGAUCAAUGCAGGCUGAUUGGCCGGCCGCCAAGCAGCAACACGAAAGGACCAUCAUAGAAGCCGAUCACCUUCUUGAAGGUUCCGUUCGAUGGCAUCACCGUCAUCUCACUGUUACAUAUCCGAGGUCACUGUAUAAUUUGAUCCUUCUUCCGGCUUGAUUGCUUGCUUUUUUUUUCUUUCUAGUAUUUCCUUCCCUUUCCUAUAUAUAUACACACACUUUGUAUCUAUUGGUGCCUAGAGUGCAAGCUUUUUAUGGAUGGGACACAAUAUUUUGGAGUUGAUUUGAAUUGGUUGAUGUGUAUUGUAAAGCAUUUUGUAGAUUGUUUCCACUUGUUAACUGCUACUUUUAAAGAUCAGUGGAGGUGUGUUUUUGACUA